AUGGAAUGUAAAAAAGCUGUUGUUAAAAAUGCUGAUAUGUCAGAUGAUAUGCAACAAUGUGCCGUUGAUAUAGCUGCUCAAGCAAUGAUUGAAUAUAAUAUUGAAAAAGAUAUUGCAGCUUAUAUUAAAAAACAUUUUGAUAAAAAUUAUGGUCCAACAUGGCAUUGUGUUGUUGGUAAAAAUUUUGGAAGGUUGUAUAUUCCUUUCACUGUUGUCAUGAUUGAAGGAAAGGAAAUAAAUAAGGGUUAUAAUAUGCAAGAAGCGAGACAGCAAUUUGCUGUUGAUUUAGCUGUAAAAGCUAUGGAUACAUACACUGUUGAAAGAGAUAUUGCACGUCAUAUUAAAAACAAAUUUGAUGAAACAUACGGUCCGAAUUGGCACUGUAUUGUCGGUAAAAACUUUGGAAGGUAUGUACAACAACAUCAUUUUAAUAACUUUCAUUAUAUUUCUGAUGCAUAUAUACGUUGA